AUGGCAGCAUCCCAAAUCUUUGUCUUCGGGCCGCAGGCUCUCAGCUUUAACGCAGCAUCAUUCGAGAGUUUACACAGUAAACUUCACUCGGAUCCCUUGCACAGCUGGGCGUUAGAUGCGUUGUUAACACUUCCCGAAACCUUGGCUUCAGUUUCCAAAGAAGCCCCCAAGCUGCAACAAACCAAUGGGUUAAAAGCCCUGGAGGCACUUCGCAAAGCGUUGCAAACUGGACAUGUUCAGCCGGAUCUUAUCCCGCUACCGAAUAUUUUGCUCUCUCCACUGGUAGUCGUUUCGCAAUUGGUGGACUAUGUGGCAUUUCUCAAAGCCUCUGAGCCUAACUUAGCCGAGACUUCAAAACUUCCAAUCCCCUCCAAUACGGACGCGGAGACGCUGGGACUUUGCACUGGUCUUUUGAGUGCCUUUGCAGUGGCAUCAGCCGGAAGUGUGGCAGACUUGCAGCAAUAUGGUGCUGCAAGUGUAAGGUUAGCUAUGCUUUCCGGUGCGCUUGUUGAUGCAGAGAACGCAUUGCGGGAACCUGGGAAACAAUCUACAUCUUUUUCAGUCUCUUGGGCUGCGGCAAGCUCUGCUGAUGUGGACGUUGUCCUACAAAAGUAUGCCGAGGCAUACAUAUCCGUGCAGAUGGAUGAGAAGAGGGCGACAAUUACUUGCGCCCAAGACGUCGCAUCUGAAAUUCAGCAAGAAUUGAAGGGUAGUGGUAUUCAUGUUACUGCUGUUUCUCUGAAUGGACGUUUCCAUUGGCCCUCCCAUCAAGCCGAUACAGAUAAACUCAUUCAAAUUGUGAAUAGCAAUUCAGCUCUUCAACUUGCUGAUGCCUCUGCUACAGUCUUGCCAACACGAGCCAACAGUGGAGGGCAUUAUAUCCAAUCAGGCAAGCUCCAUGAUAUUGCACUUCGGUCCAUAUUGACGGAUCAGUCGCAAUGGUAUCAGACGCUAGACAUUGUCUAUACUAGCCAGCUACAGUCUUCAGACUCUCAAGUGCUGUGUUUUGGUUCUGAGAGGUGUCUUCCUCCAACAAUCGCUCGCAAGCUUGAUGCGCGUCUCGUCCAUGUGGCGGAUACCAACCUAUCUGGCGAUUCAGAUGACCGCAUUGCAGUAAUUGGCAUGUCCUGCCAAGUGCCAAAUGCCGAGGAUCUCGAAUCAUUCUGGGACAUUCUUCUUAGCGGCGAGUCACAGCAUACUGAGGUUCCCCCGGAGCGUUUCAGCAUGAACUCUGUCUUCCGUGACGUCGACCCCAAGCGAAAGUGGUAUGGUAACUGGAUUCGUGAUCACGAUGCCUUCGAUCACAAAUUCUUUAAGAAAAGCCCCCGAGAGAUGGGCUCAACAGAUCCUCAGCACCGUGUUGCACUGCAGCUCGCAUAUCAGGUCUUACACCAAUCGGGAUACUUCGGUGAACCUGACUUUGAUAAGCAUAUUGGUGUUUACAUUGGUCAUGCGAAUACCGAUUAUGAACACAAUAUCCGAAGCUACCCAGCAAAUGCUUAUUCUGCUACCGGUCCUAGCUUGACUCUUGAUACUGCGUGCUCCUCAUCCACUGUCGCCAUCCAUCUCGCCUGUCGUGCCAUUUUGAGCGGCGAAAUUACCAGCGCGCUCGCCGGUGGUGUUAAUCUUAUGACCAGUCCUGAGUGGUAUCUCAAUCUGGCAGGCGCCUCUUUUCUAAGUCCAACGGGCCAGUGCAAGUCCUUUGACUCUCGAGGUGAUGGAUACUGUCGUGGCGAAGGUGCUGGUUUGGUCUUCCUGAAGAAGCUGUCAGCCGCUAUAGCAGAUGGUGAUCAAAUUUUUGGCGUCAUCGCGGGCACAGGCGUGGUUAAGCGGGCUAGAAUGAAGCCACAUGAUAUCACUGUCGUAGAGGCCCAUGGCACAGGCACUUCAGUUGGUGAUCCAGCUGAAUAUGACGGCAUUCGCCGAGUCCUGGGAGGGCCAACACGCCCUGAUAGAUUGGCCCUUACGGCUGUCAAAGGAUCGAUUGGUCACUUGGAGGUUGCUUCUGGUAUAGCAUCGCUGGUCAAGGUCCUGUUGAUGAUUCACAAGGCGGCCAUCCCACCACAGGCGAGUUUUCAAUCAAUCAACCCUGGACUCAAUGCCAAGCCGGAGGAUAACAUUGAUAUCACGACAACCGUUAAGCCGUGGAAAGCCUCCUUCCGUGCUGCACUAAUCAACAACUAUGGUGCGUCGGGAUCGAACGCCUCCAUGGUUGUGACAGAGGCGCCUAAGCCAGCCAAGGCAGCGUCAGCGCAGCUGGCCGGCAAAAGCUUUCCAUUUUGGCUCACUGGAUUCGACGAUAACAGUAUAAAGAGCUACGCAGCGAAGCUAAAGAAGCUACUGAAGAAACAAGCAGCGUCAAACGAGGCCCCGACUUUGGCAAACCUAUCUUUCCAGCUUGCCAAGCAGUCCAACCGCAAGCUACCACAAGCACUGGUUUUCAGUACUACCUCAAUUGAGGAUUUGGAGCAAAAGCUCUCCGGUAUCGAGGCUGGCACUGGAAGUCCUUCGGUAAAGAAGCCAGCAGCGAGACCUGUAAUCAUGUGCUUUGGCGGACAAAUCUCGACAUUUGUUGGUCUCGACAAAGAUGUGUACGACAAUAUUGCCGUCUUGCGCAAGCAUCUUGAUGAAUGCAAUGCAAUUGCCCUUUCCCUUGGACUCGACAGCAUCUACCCCGAUAUCUUCCAGAGAACACCAAUUCAAGACGUUGUGAAGCUGCAGACUAUUCUCUUUGCGAUGCACUUUGGCGAAAUCACUGGCUUGUGUGUUUCUGGCAUCUUGUCCCUCAAAGACACAAUCAAUUUAGUAUCGAAGAGAGCAAAGAUUAUCCAAGAGUCGUGGACAACAGAGAAGGGCUCCAUGAUGGCUGUUGAAGGAGAUCUUACCACAGUUGAGAGUCUUCUCAAUGCGGCUCGUGCAGGCUCCAAACAGGACAUUUCAAUUGCUUGCUAUAACGGACCUAAAAGCUUUACAGUUGCCGGGUCUACCGCAGUGGUUCAAGCCGCUGCCCAGUUGGCCAAGGAGGACGCCACAUAUGCAGGGUUGAGAGUAAAGGUGCUCAAUGUAACCAACGCCUUCCACUCCAGCCUUGUUGACCCCCUCACGAAAGAGUUGGUCCGCUUGGGUCAGGCUUUGACGUUCCGUGACGCCAAAAUCCGCCUUGAACGCGCUACAGAGACGGCCGAAGGUGGUCGUUCCACUGCAGAUUUUGUUUCCCACCACCUACGGAGCCCAGUCUAUUUCCAUCACGCCGCCACCAGAUUGUCUGAGGAGUUUAAAGACGCGAUAUGGUUGGAGGCAGGCUCCAAUUCCACGAUCGCAGUCAUGGCGAACAAGGCUGUUGGGGGUUCUGGUUCAUCACAUUUCCAGUCCAUUAACAUUACGACUGACGCUUCAUACUCACUUCUCACAGAUGCUACAACCAAGUUGUGGCAACAAGGCUUGGAUGUGACAUUCUGGGGUCAUCACAAAUCACAAAUUUCUGACUAUUCACCUCUUUUACUUCCUCCGUAUCAGUUCGAAAAAUCGCGACACUGGCUCGAUAUUAAGCAAGUUCCAGUGGUGACCGAGAAGGCAGCACCUGUUGUGCCAGUUCAGCCCGCCAGUGGCCUCAUCAACUUCUUCAGCUUCCUAGAUGAUACCAAGAGAUCAGUGCGUUUCUUGAUAAACACGGCUGUACCAGAGUUCAAGCAAAUGGUUGAAGCGCAUAUCAUGGCCAGCACUGUGGCAGUGAUGCCUGGCAUGUAUCCGGUCGAGAUUGCCAUCGAUGCCAUCUCUACUCUGCGGCCAGAGUUCCGGGACUACACUUAUCAGCCCGAGUUACAAGGGUUGGUUUACUACAGCCCGCUUGUCCCACAUCAUUGCAGUAAUGUCUGGCUCGACGUACAGGCGAUGGACGAGACUGGAUUGCUGUGGGAGUGGAAAUUCAUUGGCCAGGACGCAAAGGGAGUUUCUACACGGCAUAUGAAUGGUUCAAUCGUCUUCUCUCUGCCUCAAAGCGCCGUCGUCCAGAGCGACUUUGCUCGGCUAUCUCGACUGGGGUCAUAUAAGCGCUGCCACCGCCUUCUGGACGGCAAUGAAGCGCACGAUGUCGUCGUUGGACGAAACAUUUAUCGCGCUUUUGAAGCAGUGAUCGACUACAAGGAUCUAUAUCGACAUGUCACCAAACUGGUUGGCAAAAACGGCGAUUCAGCUGGCCGUGUAGUCCGGACCAACGAUAAAGAAGGAUGGCUCGACUCGGUACUGACUGAUUGCUUUUGCCAGGUCGCCGGAAUCUCCGUCAAUCUCUUCUCAGACCCUGGUGACUUUGUUGAGAGAGGCAUAUUCAUCGGCGAUAGAGUUGAUCGGUGGAUUCGAGCACCAGGGCUGCGAACCGAUCCUGCUAAGCCAAAGGAGUGGGAGGUCUUUGCCGUAAGUAGCCAGGAGUCCGAUAGCGCCUUCAUCAGUGAUGUUUUCGCUUUCGAUGCCAGAAAUGGGUCUCUGUUUGAAGCCAUUCUUGGCAUUCGAUACAGCAAGGUGCCUAUUGCUGGCAUUCGCAAGGCCCUUAACCGGGCGAUACCGCAAAUGCCUUCCUUUGCCGUGCAACAACCACCCAUUGUCCCAACAGCCUCCACCAACGGAGUUAACGGCUUCAGCAGCUUCACAAAUGGUGUUAGCACCAAUGGUGUGAACGGUGUGAACGGCGUCCAUGCUAAUGGCACCCAAACACCACCUAAUGGAGCUGCAAAGGCAUCAGGGUCGCACAUCAUCCCCAAAACAAAGGAAAUCGUGAGCAACCUGUCCGGAGUUGAGGUGGAAGAGAUUGAGGACAAAUCCGACCUUGUGGAGAUGGGUAUUGACUCUCUCAUGGCCAUGGAGUUGAUUCGUGAGAUUGAUGCUGCGUUCAAGGUUACACUUGAGACGGACCAGCUCAUGCAGUUGACCGAUUUCCGAAGCCUUGUGGUUUGCAUCGGCACCGCCCUGGGACUGGAUGCAUACGGAACUGGAGACGGCGUUAAUGGCACUUCUGGGGCUCACACCAAUGGAACCAGCGAUAAGUCCAAUGGGGCAGGCGUUUCCAAUGGCGUCAACGGUGUCAAUGGUGUCAAUGGUGUAGCCCAUGGGGCCACCCUCCCAGCUUCAACAGUCCACGAUGUUUUCCGGGCUACCAAGUCAGCAACUGACGAGUUUAUCGUUAAGAACAAGAUGGAUAACUACUACACUCAUGUGCGCCCCAAAUCAACCAUGCUCUGUGCCGCAUACAUCGUGGAGGCGUUCGAGAAGCUAGGCUGUUCCAUCAAGAAUGCUCAACCUGGCCAUAAGCUCGCAGCGUUCUCAUAUCUACCAAAGCAUGAGAAGUUUAUGAAGGAACUAUACAAGAUUAUUGGCCCUGAUGAAACAGGUCUGGUAGAAAUCGUGGGUGGCGAACUUGUCAGAACUGCCGUCCCCUGUCCCGAGAAGUCAGCAGAAGUUCUCUUCCAGGAGGCACUGCGAGAUGUGCCUGAUCAUGCACCAGAAUUCAAGCUUUCCGCUCUGACAGGCUGCAAGCUGGCAGAAUGUUUGUCUGGCAAGGCGGAUGGCCUCCAGAUCAUUUUCGGAUCUGCGGAGGGCAGGAAGACUGUGUCAGAUGUAUACGCCGUUGCGCCUGUCAACUUUACUUGGAUCCAGCAGGCAUCCUUCUUCCUUGAGCAACUCCUCCGUCGCCUGCCUGCUGAUGGAGGCCCAAUCAAGAUCCUCGAGAUGGGCGCCGGAACUGGCGGAACCACAGGCACUCUGGUUCCCAUGAUUGCUGCCCUUGGCGUCCCAGUUACCUACACCUUCACCGACCUCUCGUCUUCUCUUGUUGCUGCUGCCCGCAAGCGCUUCAAGCAGUACCCCUUCAUGGAGUUCAAGGUGGUCAACAUGGAAUUGGCUCCAGAUCCCAGCCUGAUUAACACACAGCACAUUGUCCUCGCCAAUGCCUGUGUGCAUGCGACGCGAUCGCUGCCCAUCUCACUUCACAACAUCCGCCAGGUUCUGCGUUCCGACGGCAUGCUGAUGCUGCUUGAAGAAACAGAGCAGCUUCCUUGGGUUGACUUUGUUUUCGGUCUCCUCGAGGGCUGGUGGCUCUUCGAAGACGGCCGCACACAUGCUCAAGUAUCUGCCGAGCACUGGGAAAAGGUGCUUCGCGGCGCAGGAUUCGGCCAUGUUGACUACACGGACGGGAAGUGCCGCGAGGCGCAGGUACAGCGCAUUAUCUUUGGAUUUGCCUCCGAUAUCAGGUACGCCGGCUCUGCCGAUCCUCCUUAUCCUAUCACUUUGGGGCAUGCAGAGCUGACGAGUAUCGUAGAUCGGCAGGCAGUCAUUGAUCACUUUAUUCAUAAAUACACCAUGAACUUCCACCCACCAAGUUCAGCACCGUCACAAUCAGCGGGUGGGUUUGCGUCUCAACGUUGUGUUCUUGUCACUGGCGCAACAGGGAGUUUGGGGUCGCACAUAGUAUCAGCAGCGGCGCGAAUGCCCGAUGUCAGUAGUGUUGUCUGCCUCAAUCGUCUAGGCACUGUGGAUGUGACGACACGGCAGCAAGAGGCCUUUAGCAUGCGCGGUAUUGAACUUGAGUCCGAUGCCAUGUCUAAGCUUAAGAUUCUAGAUGCAGACACCAGUAAGCCCAUGCUUGGGUUGUCAUCCGAUGUAUACAAAGACCUUGUACAAUCAGUUACGCACAUUGUCCACAACGCUUGGCCCAUGAGUCUCACUCGUACAACAAAGGCUUACGAACCCCAAUUUCAGGUCAUGCGCAAUCUGAUAGACCUUGCCAGGGACUGUGUAAACCUUCGACCAGAUUCCUUUCAGUUCAGCUUUCAGUUCAUCUCUUCCAUUGGGGCCGUUGGCUAUUAUCCGUUGUGGACUGGUCAGUCUCUAGCUCCAGAACUCCCAACGACGGCGGACACAGCUCUUCCAGUUGGCUAUGCUGAUGCGAAGAUUGUGUGUGAGCGAAUGCUGGAGGAAACUUUGCGUCUGUACCCGAACAAAUUCCGUGCCAUGGCUGUACGAAUUGCUCAAAUCACAGGGUCAAGAACAAAUGGAUACUGGAAUCCAGUGGAGCACUUUUCCUUCUUUGUCAAGUCGGCUCAGUUCCUUCGAAGUCUGCCUGACCUAAAAGGCACGUUGUCUUGGUCUCCAGUAAAUGAUGUUGCGGACUCGCUACUGGAUAUACUGACAUCCAACAUGGAUCCUUACCCCAUCUAUCAUAUUGAGAAUCCUGCACGCCAGCCAUGGCCGGAGAUGAUUACUCUAUUAUCAAGCGAACUUGGAGUUCCAUCUGAUAGAAUUGUGCCGUACGAGCAGUGGCUGAAGGAAGUGAAGAGCUGCGAUGCUUCAACUACAGAGAAUCCUGCAAAGCAGCUGAUGUCAUUUUGGGAAACACAUUUCCUGCGCAUGUCUACUGGGCCCUUGAUACUCGACACCAAACAUAGCCGUGAACAUUCGAAGACGAUGCGUGAAAGUGGGCCGGUGGAAAGUGAACUGGUGAAGCGAUAUAUUCAGAGGUGGAAACAGUCUGGUUUCCUUGAGCAGAUGUCAUGA